AUGGGUUUGGACAGCCCCUCCACCCUGAAAAUCGUUGCCACCAUGCUGCUUCGGCCCCUCGAUUUGUUUUGUCCCACCGAAUUUCCUGAUUCGAGUUCACAUGCAAGACCUGCAGUUCAAUCUGGAGCUAGACCUCAUACAGCGGGCGCAAGAGCAAGUCAAGCUGCCAGACGAAUAACACAGUCUUCCAACCAUUUCCAAGUCCCUCAACGAGCCAAGAUGGCAACCCUCGGCGCGCCCACGAAGAAGCACAAGGUCACCAUUGUUGGGUCUGGUAACUGGGGUUCGACAAUUGCAAAGAUCAUCGCCGAGAACACGAAGGCGCAUCCAGAACUCUUCGAGGAGGAAGUACAAAUGUGGGUAUACGAGGAGGAAGUCAUAAUUGAGAAGGAUUCAAAGCACUACGACCCCUCAAUCGGCGACCAACCUCAGAAACUCACCCAUAUAAUAAACAAAUACCACGAAAACGUCAAAUACCUGCCCAACAUCAAGCUGCCCGCCAACAUCAUCGCGAACCCCUCCGUCGUCGACGCCGCCACCAACUCCACAGUCCUAAUUUUCAACUUGCCCCACCAAUUCAUCGGCCGCAUCUCCAAGCAACUAGUCGGCAACAUUCUGCCCUUCGCGCGCGGGAUCUCUUGCAUCAAAGGCGUGGAAGUCACGGAAUCUGAGAUCUCCCUGUUCUCGGAAUGGAUCGGUGAAGGGUUGGGAAUCUACUGCGGCGCCCUGUCGGGCGCGAAUAUUGCCAACGAGAUCGCGCAAGAGAAGUGGUGCGAGACGACAAUCGCGUAUGAUCCUCCGCCUGUGGACUCCCGUGUAGCGACGCCGACUGGCCCUUCUCCUUCUUCAUCAACAGUCAAUUUGACGAUUACGCCCGCGGAUAUGCCGCAUAAGGAUGUUCUGGGCAGAGACAGUAAGGUGCGAUUGAGGGCCGUGCCGUCCGAUUACCCACCUCUGGAUCACGGACUUUUCAAGACGCUGUUCUACAGACCAUAUUUCCACGUCCGCAUGGUGUCAGAUGUAGCAGGUGUUUCUCUCGGCGGCGCACUAAAGAACAUCGUAGCGCUCGCGGCAGGCUUCGUCGACGGGCGAGGCUGGGGCGACAACGCCAAAGCAGCCGUGAUGCGCGUCGGUCUCCUCGAGAUGGUGAAAUUCGGCAAAGAGUUCUUCGGGCAGACAGUCCAUGCAGGCACGUUCACGGAAGAGAGUUGCGGCGUCGCGGAUCUGAUUACGUCCUGUUCCGGAGGCAGGAAUUUCAGGUGUGCGAAGAUGGCAGUCGAGAGGGGGGUGAGCGUUGAUGAGGUCGAGGCUACAGAGUUGAAUGGGCAGAAGUUGCAGGGGACGAGUACGGCGAAGGAGGUUAAUAGCUUUUUGAAGGCGAAGGGCCGGGAGGACGAGUAUCCGCUUUUUACGGCUGUGCUGGAUAUCUUGGAAGGCCGCAACACAGUUGAUGAUAUCCCCGCACUACUGGCUAGAGUAGACGAUGUAUGA